CUUUCAAAGUUGGAACCAAACAGAAACAGAAACAGAAACAGAAACAGCGCUCUGUUGAUUCUAGAGAGAGAGAGCUGUUACGCCAUGGCUAUAGCCGCCGCCAUUUCAUUUUCUCUCACAUCACCAAAUCGCUGCUCUCUACCCUUUUCCUUCUUCAUCAACACCUCUCGAUUUUCUUCUUUUUCUUUCCAACCAAACAUUUUCAGAUCAGUCAAUACUCUUCGAAACCCUAACUUUAGCGUAUCAGCUUCUUCAAUGAGCAUCGAUGCCCCAGAGAAAUUCUCUCGGACUUCCUUUCUUGAUCGGAAAGAAAGUGCAUUCCUUCACUUCGUCAAAUACCAUGGACUCGGUAACGACUUCAUCAUGGUUGAUAAUCGUAGUUCAAUGGAGCCUAGGAUCACUCCGGAGCAAGCAGUGAAACUAUGUGAUAGGAACUUCGGCAUAGGUGCAGAUGGAGUGAUCUUUGUUAUGCCAGGAGUAAAUGGCACUGAUUAUACCAUGAGGAUCUUCAAUUCUGAUGGUAGUGAACCUGAGAUGUGCGGUAAUGGAGUCCGGUGCUUUGCCCGAUUUAUUGCUGAGCUUGAUAAUUUACAUGGGAAGAAAAGUUUCACUAUACAUACUGGUGCUGGUCUAAUUGUUCCUGAAAUUCAAGAAAACGGGAAGGUUAGAGUUGAUAUGGGUGAACCUAUAUUGAAGGCACCCAAUGUUCCUACAAAGUUACCUGCAAAUAAAGAUCAGUCUGUUGUAAAAUCAGAACUAGAUGUAGAUGGAGUGACCUGGAGUGUGACAUGUGUUAGUAUGGGAAAUCCUCAUUGUGUCACUUUUGGUACAAAAGGGAGCCAGAAUUUGCAGGUUGAUGAAUUAAAUUUAGCAGAAAUUGGUCCAAACUUUGAGCAUCAUGAUAUGUUUCCUGCCCGAACAAACACUGAAUUUGUGCAAGUCUUCUCUCCUUCACACCUAAAAAUGCGUGUUUGGGAGCGUGGUGCAGGAGCAACACUUGCCUGUGGAACUGGAGCUUGUGCAGUGGUUGUUGCAGCAGUUCUUGAGGGUCGUGCUGGGAGGAGUUGUACUGUUGAUUUGCCUGGAGGGCCAUUGGAGAUUGAAUGGAAGGAGGAAGACAAUCAUGUGUACAUGACUGGCCCAGCUGAGGUAGUGUUCUAUGGAUCAGUGCCUCUCUGAUACUCCAAAGUAAAUCUGGACUGGAGGGGAGACAACUGAGUUUUGUAGAAAUGUGAGAGUAAGCGCCAUGUUUACUUCUUGUACCAUUUUGGAUGACUGUAUUGUGUUAAAUUCUUACCCCAAGACUAUUAUAUUGUUUUGUAUUUCCCUCAA